AUGAUAAUAGUCAGCAAUAUAUCACAUCUAUUAUUGGCAAAGAUAAUCAGUUAUCUCGAUGAUAAUAUAGAUAGAAUUUGUUUUACUCUUGUGUGUAGACGUUGGUUUAACGAUAGGCACAGAUAUCUAUUGUUUAAUGAUAUAAAACAUGUAGGAGUUCCAAAUAUGUCGAAAAUCUGUAUGAAUUCCUAUAAAUCAUUGAUAAAUGAUUCGAUGCAACAAAAAAGAUCUAAAAUGAUCAUGGGACCGAAUAAUCGAUACAAAUAUUAUAGCUCUGGUAUUCAAACAGCUACGAUCAAUAUCAGUGGUAGUAACAGCAAUACUACUUCUUAUGUAUUGGCAGAGAAUCUCUAUCAAAUUGAAUCGAAUUCAAACAUAACCAAUAUAAAACGAUGCUUGACAUUGAAAGAUAAAUUCCCUCCGAGUUUAACAUCGUUGUCAUUGGAUCAAGCUUUUGAAGAACCACUAUUUAGAGAUUGUUUUCCUCAGAGUUUGCGGAAAUUGAGAUUGAAUAAAGAUACACAACCGCUUGGACAUGGUGUUCUACCGUCGUCACUAGAGAAACUGAUUAUCGUAAAACUAAUGCAUCCAAUCGAACCAGGUGUAUUGCCAGCAUCACUAAGAUCUUUGUAUAUUAUAUAUUCAAAGAUCGAAGGUUUUCUUAAGGUUGGAUCGUUACCAAACCAACUUGAAUCGUAUUUCCACUCUAUGAAUGUCAUUCAUAUUGAAGAUAACGUGUUGCCUACAUCGUUGAAAUCGCUAAUGAAUAUUCCCACAAUAUGGAUUCCACAUUUAAGUUCAUUGGUGAAUCUACGAUCGCUGUCAUUCCUUCUUCUUCGUAAUACAGUGGUGUUAGAUCUCAGUGUUCUUCCAAGCUCAUUGACUGCACUCAACUUGAUUGGUUCACCCACAUUGAAAUCGGCAUUGCCCAUAUCCAUUCGACAUUUACAACUAUGCAAUUCAUUUUAUAAUCUCGAUGAGCUCUUUCCAGAUCGAUCAAACUACCACUUGGAGGUAUUGGGUAUUGACGGAUUCAGUGAGCAGUCAUUGGUCGGUUUGGACAUUAAACGUUUGGAACUAGGCACCCCAUUUACAGAUUCAAGAAAAAAACUCAGAGAAAUUCCAUUUGGAGUCCGAGAACUCUCUCUCUGUACUAGUAAUGCCAUUGUCGAUGAUAAUACUUUCCCAUCGACACUUAGAGAGCUCAAUGUUUACGAUCUGACUAUUUUCAAUCAAUCAGGAGUUAAAUUACCAAAUUCAAUCAAACACCUUAUUCUUCGUAGUAAUGAUAGCAAUAUCACAAAGAUAAGUAAUAACAUAUUUCCAAACUCAUUAGAAAGUAUAAAAAUUUCAACCAUUUCCAUCCCAUUCAACAGUAUGGUUGACAACUUAACCAUUAAAAAUGAUAACUGUAAUUGUACUAUUAGAAAACUUGAUAAUGACUAUUUCAUUCUAUUUGGAAUGAUUGACCGAAAAUUCAUUGCAUCAUUAUUCCACAAAUCAAAAUUUCAUCCUCCCAAUAAAUUUAAAUCAAUAUUAAAAAAUAAAAUUUCAAAUCUUUAA